UGCUGACCCCAUUCCCAUGUGGUGUCAGUGAUAAGCUAGAGGUGGUUAUAAAUACCACAGAAAGCUGUGGUAGCUCAAGCACUGAGGUCAGUGGAGGGUGGGUGCAGAGAAAUGGCUUGUGGACAACAGCGGGUAGAGAGCAACUGCCCAAGUCCAGGGAGUGAGAAUGGUUUAUUCAGUAAAGCCCAAGAUGUUGAGGAAGAGAUCCGUGAGAAGAUCUGUGAGGAGAUCCACAAGGAGACCCGAGAGGACAGGGACACUGCAGUGCCCGACGCCGUCCUCCAGGUGGAGAACGAGUCCUUCUUCAUAAACCGUGAAAGACUUGCUCAAAUGAGUCCCUAUUUCCGAGCACUUUUUUUCGGUGGAGGUCGAGAGAGCAGCAGGAAGCACAUUGAAAUCAAAGGUGUAAGUCUGGACCAUUUCCGCAGCCUCAUGCAGUACACUCAAAGCUUCAAAUUGCAUCUCGACAGGAAGAAUGUCUUGGGAAUUCUGGAGACAGCCAACUUCCUUCAACUGGAGAAGGCCAGGUUGCUCUGCUGCAAGUUUCUAGAGAGGGAGCUGCACCUCAGCAACUGUUUGGGCAUGAUGGCCUAUGCCUGGCAACUGGGCUGUCUGGAGCUUUAUGCUGCUUCAAGGGAAGUGGUCCUCACCCACCUAUCAGCUGUAGCUUCUGAGGAGGACUUCCUGCACCUCUCUAAGGAGACCAUUGCAGACCUUCUUGCAAGCGAUGACCUUUUCGUUCCACAGGAAGACCUAGCCUUUGAGGUUACUUUGCGCUGGGCUACCUAUGAUCCUAGCCGGGAGGAUGACUUCCUGGAGUUGAUGGGGCUGGUUAGACCUGAAAGUUUGAGUCUGCCGUACAUCACAGAUCUCUUAACCAGUAUCAAAAGUUCGGACCCUCGUGCCAAACUCAUCUGCAAGCUCAACGAUCAUCUGCCCGCGAGCUGGACUGCGGGCAGGUCUGUUCCCAGGACUCGCUCAAGAGAGAUGCUUUUCUUGCUUGGUGGAUCACAUGAACAUGACCAGCAGUCCCUCUAUCAGUUCAACCCACGGAGUGGCAGGUGGCAGUCAUGCCCACCCUUGCAGAGGAAGUGCCUCACGCAGUAUUCUGUGGCAGCAGUAGGGGACAGUGUGGUGGUGACUGGCGGCUACUUCCGGGAGGUUCUCUGGUACAGUGUGGACUGGGUACGGAUUUACCAGUGUGGCAACGAGCGAUGGGUGGACGGCCCAGCUCUGCAGAAGUCCAGACACAGCCAUUGCUCGAUAGGGCUGGACUUCCAACUCUUCGUGCUGGGAGGCAGCACGGACGAAAGACCUGUGGCUGAUGUGGAGAGGUUGGUGUUGGGAGCAGAUGACUGGGACAGCGUUAGCCCCCUGGUACGGGCAGUGGAGAGGGCAGCAGCGGUCGCCAUGGGCUCCUACAUCUAUGUGGCUUGUGGUCUGGAUGAGAAUGGAGAAGUGUACAGUGGCAUUCAGAGGUACAAGGCAGAGGUCGAUCAAUGGGAUGUUGUCACUUACUCGCCUUUUCCACGUUAUGACCUUCUCGCCACUGAGCUCAACGGUGCCCUCUAUCUGCUGGGAGGUAAAGCUCUGCGCCUGGACAUCGAUACUGAUGAGUGGACUCUGCUGGAAGAGGACUGUCUGGACAGAAAGUUCUUCACUGGCUGUGCUACUGUGAAUGGCCAAAUCUACCUGAUAAGUGAGAGGAAGAUUAACAAAGUCUUGACAAACAUGAUUCUCUUGGACCCCUACACUGACACGUGUUUAGAAAUAGAUGAUGCAAUUCCAUGCCCUGUACCCAUAAGGGGUUGUGUCGCAGUACGUAUGACAGGCAGUUGAACUUCAAGCAAGGAAGAUAUUGGACUAGAUCAUUUACUAAAAGUUUGCACACCCCUGGUCGAAUUAUAUAUAUUUUUGUCGAUUUUCUAAGUGAAAAUAAGUUACACGU